AUGGAUAAAAUAAAAUUACUAGAUGGAGGAUUUUCUCAACAAUUAGCAAAAUAUGUUAAUGAGGACAUAGAUGGACAUCCGUUAUGGACGUCUAAGUUUUUAAUCACGCACAAAGAAAAAUGUGUACGUGCCCAUAGGGAUUUUAUAAGAGCAGGAGCAGAAAUGAUAAGAACAGCCACAUACCAAGCAAGCAUAGAUGGUUAUAUAAAACACUUACGCCUUACCAAACAGGAAGCUAUCGAAGCUAUUAAAGAUUCAGUUGCAGUGGUUAGAAAGGCAAUCACAAUAGAAAAAGAGAAAACUGGUAAAAAUAAAGAAAUACUUAUCGUCGGCUCUGCUGGUCCAUAUGCUGUAAAGUUUCAUGAGGGUUCAGAAUAUACAGGCUCCUAUGCAGACAAAGUUAGCGAAGAUGAGCUAAUAGAUUGGCAUACACCAAAGGUUGAUGCUUUAAUUUCAGCAGGUGUUGAUUUAUUGGCAUUUGAAACAAUACCGUGUAAAAUAGAAGCAAUAGCAGUUGCCAAAAUAAUUCAAAAAUACCCAAAUACAAGAGCCUGGAUUUCUUUUAGUGUAAAGGAUACAGCUGAAAUCAGCAGUGGUGAAAAUUUUGUUGAAGCAGCAACAGAAUGUUGGAAUAUGGCUUCGAGCCAGCUGGUAGCAAUAGGUGUGAAUUGCCUUGCUCCAGAACUGGUUCUCCCUCCUUUAGCAAACCUGCUGAGAGCAGACCCUUCAAUACCACUCCUUGUAUGCCCAAACAGUGGUGAAACAUUUGACACCAAUAACUACAGGUGGAUUAAAGGAAGUACAAAGAAAGUAGCAGACUAUGUAGAAGAAUGGCUCAAUCUUGGUGUCUCUUAUAUCGGUGGCUGUUGUCGCACUACGGCAGAGGAUACACAACAAAUGCUACGACAAAUAAAUCAAUGGAAGAACAAGAUUGUUUAG